CACACGAGACCAGCGACUGUUCGUACUUUCGAUUUUUUUUUUGGUUCACAGCACGAUGAAGUGUUUGAAUUUUUCAUAUUUCUUUCUGGCAUUGCUUAGUUGUGCAACGGCACAAGUUGCAGAACAAGAAGGACUUGACUUUGUAUCGGAGGCAGCAGAUGCAGCAGAGGCAACAAUCGCUUGUAAUGGAAAAGGGAAAGUAUGUGUGUACCCUAGCCAGUGCGACAGUGGAUUCAUAGAAGGUAACAGCCUUCCACGAAGCUAUAACUAUACGGACCUCUGUCAUGCCACAACUGUUUGCUGUACCAUUAAACCAUGGGAUUCAGAGUAUGCCGACGAAUGUGCCAUUCGAAGCUUAAACACAUCACCACAAGGACCCACACCGUUAAACGCCAAUUUUGCCGAAUUCCCAUGGCAGGCGAUGAUCUUACGUGAGAGCACAAAAUCGUUGCUGUGCGGUGGUGUGAUCAUUAAAAAGAAUUUCGUCCUGACCAGCGCCGACUGUGUAGCCGAACAGAAGUCGAUCGAUGUGCUGACCAAAGGCGGCGAAUGGAAGUUGGGUAGUGAUGACGAGGGGAAACCGUUUCAACUUGUCCGCUUGAAGUCCAUCUCACUGCAUCCGGAUUACGAUCACACAAAAUUGUCGCACAAUUUGGCUGUGUUACAUUUGGAGCGUGAUUACAAGUUCGACGAGCACAUUCGGCCGUUGUGUUUGGAUGGAUCGGACAACUUACCGGAUACAGGUGAUCAAAAAUUGUGCAUCAUCACCGGAUGGGGUCGAGAGGCACUGAGGAUACACCAGAAAGAUGCCAUUGAACAGUACACCAAUUUAACAUUUAUUCCAGCAGAAGACUGUACGCGAACGCUGGGUAGCGAAAAUUUCAAUCCUGACAUUUCGGCGUGUGCUGUAGCUGAUUCGAAUGCUUGUAAUUUUGAUUUUGGCAGUGCUUUGGCCUGUCAACGGGAAAAGGAUUCGCAGCAUUUUGUGUUGAAGGGAAUUUAUACGCACAAUAGUGGCUGCUUUGAGCCGUCAGCUUAUGGAAGUGAAAAGCCCACAUUGGUGUUUGUGAGACCAGAUGUUAAAUGGCUCAACCGUAUUACGAAACCGAAAUGGAACGAGUAAAUUUUUGUAAAUAAAUUUUUCAGCCUUAGCCACAAUUAAAUAG